AUGAAUGCUCUUAGAGACGCAAUGGUGUAUGGUCCUAAUGUUCACAUCAGAAAAAUAGAAUGCAGUAAUCAUUUACUGCGAAAUUAUUCAAAUAAACUUAGAAAACUAGGGAAGAAAACUCAGAACGAAGUAGGCUUUUUACCUGUGAUUUUGCGUAAAGCGCUUUUAGACAAAAUACGACGCCUAAAUAACGCAGUUACUGGGGCAGUAGCACACGCGCAACAGCUUGAGCUCGCAACAGCCGACAAGAUUAGAAUCCUUCAAGAAGACUUACGGAAUGGGCCAUGCCACGUGUUCGGAUGCCAUGAUUCUUGUAAACAAUAUUAUUGUAAGGGAUUAGUAACCGAAGAAAACCUCGUUCCACAACUCAAAUCUAGUGGGAUAUGGAACGAUAUUUUUGAGAAUGUUGGGUGGCUUCUGCAAAAUGCGGAAAGCUUGCUACUACAGGAGACAAAUAAUGCAGCAGAACAAUUUAAUUGUAUUAUCGCUAAGUUCCUUGCAGGGAAACGAGUUAAUUUCACGCGAAGGGGGACGUACGAAGCAAGAUGUUUUUCCGCAGUAGGGAACUAUAACACAAAAGAUUAUAGUUUUUUAAGUAAAGUACAAAAGGCAAUAUGUCCUGAAACGUCGUACUCCUAUACAGAAAAGUACAUAAACAAAAUGACAAAUAACUUAGUACGGCAACAAAAAAGGAGGGCAUUAUAUAAAACAAGCGGUACUAAAAGAGCUAAGCGUUUUAAAACGGCCGAUAUACACUACGGUGAUAUAACAGUGCAAGAGCCAGAUAUGCCACCCGAUAUUUUUGAAAAAAAGAAAAAUGAUUUUCUUCUCUCAAUAACAUUAAAUAAUGAUGAAAUUGAAGAAUUAGAAAAGAAAACCAAAGCACAAUCCAACUCUGAUUUGUGGAUCGUGGAGCGCAAAAAGCGAAUAACCGCAUCUCUGUUCGGCCAAAUAUGUAAAAUGAAGGAUUCUACGCCUUGUACUGCGACAUUAAAAAAUAUGUUAUAUUCUACAUUUACGGGAAACGAUGCUACUCGAUAUGGAACGGCACACGAGACAACCGCAAUUGCAGAUUUAGAAAUUAAAAUAAAACAAAAAGUAACACCAUGUGGUUUAUUCAUAUGUAUGGAUAAACCAUACCUUGGUGCGAGUCCAGACGGUCUGUUAGGGGAAGACAGUCUGAUUGAAAUAAAGUGCCCGUCGUCAGCAGCAGGCUUUACACCUCUGGAGGCAGUACGGCAAAAAGAAAAUUACAUUUUGUGUGGAAACUUCAAAUGGAAUAAAACUAAAAAAAACACACAAUUACUAUUACCAGGUUCAAGGACAACUAAUGAUAACAAAACGAAAUUUUUGCUAUUUUGUUAUUUGGACGCCAAAUGGCAUAGAAAUUGA